AUGAAGUUCCUCAACGCUCUUCUCACAUUGUCGGCCCUGGCGGUCAGCAUCGACGCCCUUCCGGUUUCUGUAACCAAAGAAGAAGAUGCCCAGACUUUCCAUGACAUGUCUCUGCAUGACACCAGCAUCAUAGCCCGCCAGGCCCAGCCUCCUCAGCCUCCUCCAUCGGCCUUGAUUCCCGACGCAACACCUGAAGACGACAUGGAUGAAUUCGAAGAGGUAGAGGAAGUCGACGACGUCACGAAUCCAGGAGAGGUCGAAGCCGAGGGCAAGAAAAAGAAGAAGAAGAAGAAGAAGGGCAAGAAGAAGGGCAAGAAGGAGAAGAAGCCCGAGAAGCCGGACGCCAUCCCGGCUGCUGGAGCUCAACCGCCCGCUGCUGGUGCUCAACCUGUGCCCGCAGCUGGCGCCCAGCCUAUCCCCGCUGCCGAUGCCGCUCCGGCCGCUGCCCCAGCCAAGACACCAGCUCCCGGAGCACCUGCAGCCGAUGCUCCACCACCUGCCCCGGCGCCGGCGGCUCCUCGCUCGGUUGCCAAGGCAUUCAAGGCCUAG